AUGUCGAGUCCUACGCGGAGUAGUGGGUCGAAGGCGAAGAGCGCGGGUGGUGGUGGUCUUCUGUUGAGUUCGAGCCCGCCCAGGUGUGCAGUGGAUGGAGUGGAUGAGAAUUGGAUCACCGACGAGGCUGAUGGGGAUGGUAGAUCAUUGGGACAAUCUGGAUUUGAUAAUCCCACGCACGCAACGCCAGUGGGGAAGCUGAACUUCUCGAUGGGAGAAAGAGGGUCGUCGAGUUUUGUCACAUCACCACCUGAUUCGGAUCCUCAUCCGCAGGCGACCCGCGCCGCUGUCCCUGCAGCUGCAUUUUCCUCACCGUUUGGGUCGUCGUUCUCAUUCGCGGCCCCGCAGCCCUCGAGCGCGUCGCAGUGGGAACUGCGCUCGCGUGAAUCCUCACCCUCGACCCGCCUCGCGACUCAAACGACGAGGAAUCGAGAGGAGCGCAAGUCAAGGUUCCUGGAUCGCAUACGGCGGAGAAGAGACGACCAGCGAAGUGAACUGGUUGGAGACCAAGUUCUUCGUAUGGACUUUGUGAGAGAGCGGAGAGGGUGGGAAGAGCAGAUGGCGCGACGGGCUGCCUUUGAGGCGGGCGUCGAGAUUGAGGAGGAAGAAGCAGAAGAUAUCGCAGACAUGCAGGAUGACACCCGGUUCAGAGACCAAGAGAUGAGUCCGACGGAAGAAUACGACGAUCUGGUAAGGGAAUAUGAGAACGGGUACGAUAACGAGUACGAGCGCGAGCAUGGGUUUGACCGACAAGGCGAAAUGAUGCCCGAAGACGAGUUCGAGUUCCCCGUCGACGAUGCCGACGAUGAAGAGUACGAGCGCUUGUUCCGAGAGAUGGAGAUUCUGGGCCAGCAAAGCGUGUCUCAACUGCGGGAUAUCACGGCUCAGGAACAGCAGCAUCCGUCCCAGCAGGGCAUGGAGCAGCGUAGUGGUGGCGAUGAUGCCAUGGACAUUUCGUGA